AUGUCAGAAGAGCAAGAUGAAUCAUCCAAGCGCCUUCAAUCCAGCUUGGACAAAUUGGCCAAUUGGGAGAAUCAAAUGAGUGAAAUUGAACGAGAUGCUGAAAUAUAUCGAAUCAAAGCAACUCAAAAGAUGUAUGAAGAAAGAAGAAAGAUCUUAAAGACAAUUCCCAAGUUUUGGUAUAUUAUUCUUGCAGAGAAUGACGAUUUUGCUGACUAUGUGAGUGUUGAAGACUUGAAAUAUUUAGAAUAUAUCGAAGACAUUUACGUAUAUUACCCAGUUGUAGAUGACUCAGCAAAUCACUACAAGGACUUUUCAAUCACAAUUAGUUUUGGAGAAAAUGAGCUUGUGCCUAAACAAGAAGUCACGAAACAUUUCAAAGUUGUUAUGAAAGAUGGUGAAGAAAGACUCGUGUCUGAACCAGUCGAAUUUCAAUGGCCAGAAGAAUUGAAGAAUAUAAAUCCUAAUUUAAUAAAGGAUGAAAACAAAGGGAAACCAUUGUCUAAGGAAGACAAGAAGAAUUAUAGAUUAGGUAUGAAGUCUUUCUUUUCAUGGUUUAACUGGACCGGUGAGAAACCAGGCAAAGAAUUUAGAAAUGGUGAAGAUUUGGCAAAUUUAAUUGUCGAUGAUUUAUAUUUGAAUGCUUUGAAAUAUUACAUUCUUGCAUUAACAAUCGAUGAUGGAGAUGACGAUGACCAAGAGGAAGAGGACAGUUCAGAAGGUGAAGAAUUGGACUUGAGUGAGGAUGAAGACAAUACCAAAAAGAGAUCUUUAGAUGAGGAUGACGACACCCAAAAAAAUACAAAUAAAAAAUCAAAGUAA